AGUUAUUUAAUUUUUUUUCUGCUCUGAUUUCCACCCUCUCGUCCAAGCACGUUACUUAUUGCUACUGUUCCCGAAGCAUUCGGAAUUCAACUUCAAUUUCAGUUUUGUUCCACAUUUUCUAACCUUUGAGCAAUUGAAUUCAAGCAUUGCGCACAGCUUCAAAGGGGCACUCUCUAUUUUUUCAUAACCCUAACGUAGAUUAACCGAACCCCUCAUCUUUUAAUCUGCAUCCGUUUCCACCAUGACUGAUUCUGACGCCAAUCACAAUGACCCAUCUCUCGAUACCGAUGCUGAGGCACCCAAUGAUGUAGAAGAUGAUGUCAAGUUGAGGUCUAGGGACCAAAGACUGGCUCUGCCAGGUGAGCCCAAGUGUAUUAUAUGUGGCCGCUACGGUGAAUACAUAUGUGAUGAAACUGAUGAUGAUGUUUGCAGUUUGGAGUGCAAACAAGCACUGCUUUGCAGGAUUGCCAAAUCGUUGUCUCCACCACCUAAAACGAUUCCUGCAGCUGAUGAGUGCUUUUAUGUUAGAGAUUCUGAUUUCAAAUCAGGGACUGUAUCUAUGGGUAGUGAUCUUAGAAAGAAACUUGAUAUUCGUGUGAAGGGUGAUGUAGUGGCACCAGUUUUGUCAUUCUCUGCCUGUAACCUCCCUGACAAGCUUCUCCACAACAUAGAAGCAGCAGGAUAUGAAAUGCCUACACCUGUCCAGAUGCAAGCAAUCCCGGCUGCUUUGACGGGAAAAAGCAUGCUUGUUUUGGCUGAUACAGGAUCUGGAAAGUCUGCUUCGUUUCUUAUUCCGAUAGUUUCUCGUUGUGUGAUUCAUCGUCGACAAUAUUUUUCAGGUAAGAAGAAGCCUUUAGCUAUGGUGUUAACCCCCACCAGAGAGCUCUGCAUACAGGUUGAAGAGCAUGCUAAAUUGCUUGGAAAGGGGUUACCUUUCAAAACCGCUCUUGUGGUUGGUGGUGAUGCCAUGGCAGGACAACUCCAUCGCAUUCAACAAGGGGUGGAAUUGAUUGUAGGAACCCCGGGAAGGCUGGUUGAUCUUUUAAUGAAGCAUGAGAUUGACUUAGAUGAUGUGAUGACUUUUGUUGUGGAUGAGGUGGACUGUAUGCUGCAAAGGGGCUUUAGAGAUCAGGUCAUGCAGAUAUAUAGGGCUCUGUCACAACCUCAGGUCUUGAUGUAUUCUGCAACAAUGUCUAACGAUUUAGAGAAAAUGAUUAACACUCUAGCAAAAGGUAUGGUGGUUAUGUCUAUUGGAGAACCUAAUACGCCGAAUAAGGCUGUGAAGCAGCUAGCUAUUUGGGUUGAGUCAAAGCAAAAGAAGCAGAAGCUGUUUGAAAUUUUGGCAAGUAAGAAGCAUUUUAAGCCACCUGUUGUAGUAUAUGUUGGCUCCAGACUUGGGGCAGAUCUCCUGGCUAAUGCAAUUACAGUUGCCACAGGAAUUAAAGCAGUUUCCAUUCAUGGGGAGAAGUCUAUGAAGGAAAGGAGAGAAACAAUGCAGUCCUUUUUGGUGGGUGAGGUCCCCGUGGUUGUGGCUACUGGAGUUUUGGGUAGGGGGGUUGAUCUACUUGGUGUAAGACAGGUGAUUGUAUUUGACAUGCCUAAUAACAUUAAGGAGUAUGUACAUCAGAUUGGAAGGGCAUCUAGAAUGGGGGAGGAAGGUCAAGGCAUAGUUUUUGUGAAUGAGGAGAAUAAGAAUGUCUUUGCAGAAUUAAUUGAUGUUCUGAAAUCUGGUGGGGCAGCUGUGCCUCGGGAGCUUGCCAAUUCACGGUAUGCCACAAGAGUUUUCUCUGGUGGCAAGGGUUCAAAGAAGAGAAAGCAUACAGGAUGAAGUUUCUUAUUACUUGCUUAAAUCCAAUCUUAAUCUUGAUGCAGUCAACUUAGAAAAUUGCACUAGAAAAUACAUGUAUGUGUUGUACUUUUGAAGGGUAAAACAAAUUUUCAUACUAAAAUAUAUCACACAUUCAAAUCUGGAGGUUUUGUGACAUCACUCACUAUAGAUCUUGGUAUGCUUUCGGGAUUGGUAAAAUGUCUCAGCUGUUUUAGCCUAUAAUCAAUAACAUUAAAGUUAAGAUUGGAUAGAAGGAUGAGAUAUAAGUUCUUGGGAUUAUAUUGUCUCUGUUGUUCAAAGCUUGAGAAGAAAAACGGCAAAAAGAGUGGGAGUGGGAGUGGCCUCUUGUCUGUCCUUUCUUGUUAAAGUUGGCUUCAACAAUGAAAUGUUUUUUGGCAGUGGUCUCGAUAUAUGGCCAGCUCCCUUAGCAGUAAAUUAUCAUAGACUUCAAUCUGCACUCACAUUCAAAGCAGCAUGAAUGUAACUAUUCUUCUCUUUACAUUAUUUUUUGUCUAACAGAUAGGCUUUCAGUUGCAGUUAUAUUUCCUAGGAGGCAGCACUUUAGAGAGGUGAAUUUUGAGAGAAAGAACUCAGAAUGAAACAGCUUCGUAUUCAAGAGAAUGUAGUAGUGCAUUGGUUUUGCAUGUCAUCCAUAUUAUAGUCUCGUAUUAGACUUGGAGGAGAUCAUUUCGCAAGCUACUAUUAAUUAAGUACAGCUUCCUAGAUGCUAAUACUUGUGCUCAUUAAAUGUAUAUAAACAUGAGAUAUGAGAUAGAUGAACAUACUAUUACUCCCUUC